UCUGGGAUGGCAUAAAGAUGGAUGAGUUGACGGCUGCUCUGGAAAAGACCAGAAAUGAUUUGGACAUCACACGGCAGCGGUUGUCGUUUACCCAGAAUUCUCUGUCUGACCGUGACCAUGAGCUAAGCAGGAUACGAGAAGAUCACAGUAAACAGCUGACAGAGAUACUACAAUUAAAACAACAGGUUUUGAUGACAGCUGCCAGUGAUAGAGAUAUGGGCAUCAAACUACUAGAUUUCCCCCCCUUCAGAAACAAAACGAGCCCUGAGGAGGUCAUAACUUUGAGGACAGAUGACAGGUUCAUGUCUCACCUCAAGCAACAGGCACACAGCCGGAUGAAGGACAUGAUAAAAGAACAUUAUGAAGAUGGACACAUUCACCAGCCGUAUUCCCAACACUUACAUCACAGAGAGCAGCGGGAACAGAUCUCCCCUCCACCAGAGCAGGACGAUGAGGAUGGCAUAUGGGCAUGAGAAACCAGAUACUGGUUAAGCAUUGAGAGCCUACAUAUCUGCCGGUGUUUGCUGCGUGGUUGUUGCGGACAGUGCAGCUGCCUAUCUGAAGAGGGAUUGCGUGGCGGCUGCUGUCAUUGUGUGUUUUCCCGUUCGCCACUUGAGGUCCUGGAGUUUGCACUCGUCUUGGCUUCAUGGCAUGGGAGAUGCAGGUCAACGCAGGUUGCUUGGUGCCCCAAUUCCACGAGGGACUUCCCUGGUUGUCAUUUUCCCCUACUGCUCAUUUCGUUUACUGUUGUGUCAGACAUGUGCUGAUCCAUACUUUCACUCUGAACUAUA